CUCUCUCUCUCUUUCUGUCAUUCGUUCAAAAGUCUCUUUUGACCACCCCCUCCUUCUUCCCUUCUUCUUCGUCCUUGCUUCUUCCUUUCCUUCAUCUCUCUCUCUCUCUUCCUUCUCUAUGUUCUAAUGAAUGAUAACUGCUCCCGCGUAAUCAAAGUCUUCUUCUGCCUUUGAUCUCUCCACAACACUCUUCACCAUUUCUCUUCAUCUCCGAUCAUGGGUAUCUGUUUCUCCGCUACGAAGGUCAGCGGUUCUAACAGCAACUCCACCAACGCCGCCGGCUCCGGCGGCAAUCGCAAUCGCAAAUCUUCAAAGCCGCAAUCAAGGACGUCGGCAACGGCGACGAGGACGACGACGGAGACGGUGGUGACGGUGCAUAAGCAACAAGCGUCGAACGGGCAACGGCGGAGAGUGCCGGAGGAGACCCAGAAGAAUUCGCAGAACCAAAGACCCAAAGAGAAAACGAACACGCGGCGCCAAGGUGCCCAUCUACCGUGCGGAAAGCGCACAGAUUUCGGUUACGAGAAAGACUUUGACCAGAGAUUCUCCCUCGGGAAAUUGUUGGGACAUGGCCAAUUCGGUUACACCUAUGUUGGAAUAAAUAAAGCUAAUGGGGAUCGUGUUGCCGUUAAGAGACUCGAGAAAAACAAGAUGGUUCUCCCCAUAGCUGUUGAGGAUGUUAAGCGAGAGGUCAAGAUUUUGAAAGAACUUACAGGCCAUGAAAAUGUGGUUCAGUUCUAUAAUGCCUUUGAGGAUGAUUCAUAUGUGUACAUAGUUAUGGAGUUAUGUGAGGGUGGAGAACUGCUAGAUCGGAUAUUGGCUAAGAAGGACAGUCGUUAUACUGAAAAAGAUGCUGCAGUGGUUGUAAGACAGAUGCUUAAGGUUGCGGCUGAGUGUCAUUUACAUGGUUUGGUACAUCGGGACAUGAAGCCAGAGAAUUUCCUUUUCAAAUCAGCCAGAGAAGAUUCAUCUUUAAAGGCUACCGACUUUGGUUUGUCUGAUUUCAUAAAACCUGGAAAGAGGUUUCAAGAUAUUGUUGGCAGUGCUUAUUAUGUUGCACCAGAAGUAUUAAAACGGAAGUCAGGCCCUGAAUCAGAUGUAUGGAGUAUUGGUGUGAUUACAUACAUAUUGCUUUGUGGGAGACGCCCAUUUUGGGAUAAGACCGAGGAUGGUAUCUUCAAGGAGGUCUUACGGAACAAGCCCGAUUUCCGUCGGAAACCGUGGCCAACCAUAAGUAAUGCUGCAAAAGAUUUUGUGAAGAAAUUGUUGGUUAAAGAUCCUCGGGCAAGAUUAACUGCUGCUCAGGCUCUAUCACAUCCAUGGGUUAAAGAAGGAGGAGAGGCAUUGGAGAUUCCUAUUGAUAUAUCUGUCUUGAACAACAUGCGACAGUUUGUGAAGUAUAGUCGAUUGAAACAAUUUGCACUGAGGGCAUUGGCUAGCACGCUUAAUGAAGAAGAGUUAUCUACUCUAAAAGAUCAGUUCGAUGCAAUAGAUGUGGACAAAAAUGGUUCUAUUAGUCUUGAAGAGAUGAGACAGGCUCUUGCUAAAGAUCUCCCUUGGAAGUUGAAAGAAUCACGUGUACUAGAGAUAUUACAAGCGAUAGACAGUAACACCGACGGGUUAGUGGAUUUCACUGAGUUUGUAGCAGCUACGUUACAUGUGCAUCAAUUAGAGGAACAUGACUCUGACAAGUGGCAGCAUCGGUCACAGACUGCUUUUGAGAAAUUUGACUUAGAUAAGGAUGGCUUUAUUACUCCAGAUGAACUUAGAAUGCAUACGGGUUUGAGAGGCUCCAUUGAUCCAUUGCUUGAGGAAGCCGAUAUUGACAAAGAUGGAAAAAUCAGCUUACCAGAAUUUCGUAGACUUCUAAGAACUGCAAGCAUUGGUUCUCGACAUGUAACAAGCCCAGCUCGCCAUCAGCGGAAGAUCUAGAUUAGACGUAUUUAAGAGCUGAGAUAAUUCAGGAUAUGAGAUUGGUGGAUUUCCUUUAAGAUGGUCUCCUGUGCAGAUUGUGCUGAAGCCCCUAAGAUAUCUAUUAUGCAGAUUUUGCUCUCUCUGGCCAUUCUAUGGAAUACUAAAACUCCAGUUAUAUUGACUAUGGCAUCCCGCACAGGACACUAUCUUAAGCUUAGUCUAGGGGACUAUGUCAAGAGGUGUUUAAUUGAGUGUGUAGACCCUGCAUGAUUGGCUUCAAGUAUCAGUGUUUCAUCAGUGUACAUCAUUCAAGUGUCAGGGUUUUCUGGGCUUGCUCGUGUCUUACAUGCAAUGUGUAAUUAUAAAUAAAAAUGUUCUACUCGAAAAAAAAAAGUCCCACAAAUAAUUGUCAAAUGAAAUAUAUUUAG